UCAUCAUCUUCCCUGUUUCGGAAAAUUUGCUGCGAAUUGAAGCAACGACAAUUUUCUCACUCUAAUUCUCACUCAGAUCCAGUUUCUCCAUUCUCCAAUUUUUCUCGAGGAAAGGAGUGAGAAAACAAUAACGAAAUGGACAAGAUGAACCAGGCGUUGGAGAAGAUGAAGAUGCUAGUGGGAAUGGAGGUGGAGGAAGAAGAAGAACGCCAAGCUGCAUCGCUAGAAGCGAACGGCUCCUUCUCUUUCAUGGACGACUUCAAUCGCAGCUGCACCUUGUCCACCAAGCAGAGAAUUAACGGAUUUGUCAUAUGCUUUGUUGCUGGUUUGACUUGUACGCUCUUGUCGAUGCUUGUAUUCUUCAACCCUGUCAAGUUCGGUAUAACAUUCACAUUUGGCAACCUACUUUCACUCGGAAGCACAGCAUUUCUCAUAGGCCCCAAGAGGCAAGUGACAAUGAUGCUUGACCCUGUUCGUAUUUAUGCUACAGCCAUAUAUCUUGCAAGUAUAAUCAUCGCCUUGUUUUGUGCUCUCUAUGUUCAUAACAAGUUAUUGACACUUUUAGCCAUUAUUUUAGAGUUUGGUGCACUAAUUUGGUAUGUCAAGUUAUUACGUACUCUCUUAUUAUACUUGUCUUCUAUCCAAUCUCAUGCGUCUGGAGUUGUGAUUGGCAUACAUUUCAUGAGGCAUAUUAUAGGACAGGCAAUUUAAUUAACAGAAUUGAGUCACUAACAAAACCGUACCAUGAUGAAAAUUCAGAUAAGAAUGAGGUUGAUUUUUGAAGUUUUGAAAUGAUUUUUUUUUUCUUGUUUAAUCAAGUGUUGAGAGAAGGUAAACUUAUUAAGCAGUGCUUUUGUUUUUAAUAAGUAAACGAGAUAUCAUUGAAAAGUGCAAAAGGCGUAACUCAAGUACACAAGAUGUAUACAAGAAAAACACUUGGCUAAAGAGAGAAAAAAAGGUUGAGAAAAUCAUAAAAACUAAGCACAUCAAGAAGGAUCACCCAUUUGGAUGACAUGUAAAACUGAUAUAUGUACUAUUAGUUAAGCAACUCUCAAGCUUGGAGCAGCUUAUGUUUGAAACAACCUCACAUUUUUAACUUUCCUGUUAUACUUUCAUCAUAUAAUUAGGAAAAUUUCGCCAUUUUAACUUUUGGAGGGUCUAA